UCAGGUCACGUGGUCACGCGCACGAUAUAAAUGGAAAAGUUGUCCGAGUAUCGAUCAGUCGGCGCCGUGACACCUCAGCCUGACAUCCAGCCGGACCCAGCGGACCCAGACCCGACUCCAGCGUACCAGGCAAGCCGAGAGGACAGCAGGUGCAACAUGAUGACUACAGAGGUGGGAAGGUUUCUUCUCUGCGCAUGCGUGACCUUUUCAGUUCUCCUGACCACCUGCACAGCAGCCCCCACAGCAAGGGGCGAGCUGCCCGAGGCCAGCCUCCGUCUGUCUGAAGAAGACGUGGGGCGCGUGGUGAGCGCCAUGGCCCGGGAGGUGCUGCAGAUCGUGAACGAGAACGUCGACAAACUUGCGCAGCCUAACGAGUUUGGCUACGGUUUGGACGGCCUACCCCAGGGGCCUGUCUACAAACGCGGGAAGAUAGCCUGUAAGACCGCAUGGUGUAUGAACAAUCGCCUGUCGCACAACCUGAGCAGUCUGGACAACCCUACCGACACCGGUGUCGGUGCACCAGGGCGCAAGCGCAGAGAUACGUCAUAGGUCAAAGGGGAGAAAACCCUCGCUCACAGGCUAGCUCGUGUGAAAAUAAAAAAAAUUCAAAGCUUUCAUCUUCUUCUUGAGGUUUCCUCAACGGCUAAAUUGGCAAAGUGACCCUUUGUAAAGAAGGCAUAUUUAUCUAUGGGAACAUGACUCAAGUGAAAACGUCCAACUGCGGCAUAUCGGAAAAAGAUCGCUUGUAAUCGGUCACAAAUUCCUACAAAUCAUAUCUUGUCCUUCAAACGUGUUGGUACUCUUCGUGUAGUAUGAGCAAAUCUAAAAGUUGAUGAUAUAGUUAUGUUAUACAUUCUAUGGCCUGAUCUUCGCAGAUAGAUUCGAUUCAUGUUGGCCUACAUGUAUGCCCAAAUCAAUCAAUGACAGUAUUCUUGCUAUAAGCGUUUGCCUAACAUUUGAAUAAGAAAACUAUCGUCCACUCAGAAUUGUCGUAACUAAAGAAAGAAAUCCUGACUGAGGUUGUAAAUAUGGUCACAGAUGCAUGUACCAUCUAUGUUAAGGAUCUUAUUGGAAAAAAAAGCAAUGGUAGUAGCUUUGAAUAAAAAUUAUGCUUAUGAAAUGAAAA